AUGGUACGCCUGAUGACUGCGACAGUCGCGGCCGUCACAGUCUACAUCUGCACGGCGGCCGCCACAAUCGACAAGCCGGUGCUGGACCCAGCCACCAACUUCACCCUGAUCGAGGAGCGCUGGAUGUCUGUCCCCAACCAACCGACCGUCGUGGUCGAGUGGCUGCACCACUACCUCCCCAAGGCCUGCCACGACGCCGCGCUGGCCAACAACUUAUCCCCCAUGGACUUUACCGCCUCGGACGUGCUGACAACCUCGUCAGCAACCUGGGCAAGAUCCCCCGUCGGCAUGCGCAGCUACGUCCGGCACGUCAUCGCCUACCCGGCCAGGAAGCAGCAGCAGCAGCAGCACGACGCCGUCGCGAGCUGGCACGCCCCGGGGGAUCUCCACCUGCACGCCCGCCCGACCAUGCAGACGCUGAUCCACCAGGUGGCGCACGAGAUGGACUACGCCGCGCUGCCGGGCCGGGGCUCGCCCUUCUCAGAGUCGGAGCUGUGGCGCGAGGCAGCAGAGACGGAUAGGCGGCGCGCGUCAGAGUAUGCGGGUCUGGAUUGGCGCGAGCACUUUGCCGAGGCGGCCGUCGUCGCCGUCUUUGAUCAGAACUUCCCGCACGAGAUUGGGUCCGCGCAGCCGGCCACGAUUGGCAUCGCGAACCAGCUCUACGUGUGGCAGAUGCUGCUGGGUGGGCAGAUCCAGAUGGGUGGGAGGUGCACCAGGAGGAGGGAGAACUCGCCCAGGGUGAAUAAGAAAACGGGUGAGGGUGAUGCCGGUAGCGUCCUGUCGGCUAGGUCGGGGCUGUUGAGGAGGAGUAUUGAGAUUUUCAGUGUCGAGUACCCCGGGGGUGGCAAGGAUUUGCAUAUUGAAGAUAGGUGGCAACAAGUUGAUGUGUUUGGCCAGUAUGGCGCGAAGGCAGCACAGGCUACAGCUGCAGCGUCCUAG